AUGGCGUUCGGAAUGACCACAAUACUCCCACUAUGGCCUCAUAUUUUGUUCGCGAUUUUGGAGCCAAUCUCAGUCGUUGCUGGCUGUUACUUUGCAAUCUUUAACACCACCAAUUUCGUCGCUGGUCAAACCCCGAAAGCCUCAUCGCCCACAGAACUGUCGCUCAGUACUCAAGCAAUCGCCUACCAACUUGGGAAUACAUUUUUGCUAUUGGCGACGGUAGGUGUUGGUGUUUUGUACUCGACGUCGGAGCCAAAAGUGGUCAGAAAUUACUUGAUCGUGCUGGCAAUCGCAGACCUGGGGCACAUCUUCUCCGUGUAUUGGUGUAUCGGAUUCCAUGACUUGAUCAACGUGUGGGAGUGGAAUGAUCUACUGUGGGGAAAUGUCGGAGCCUCUGGGAUUCUCUUUGUGAAUCGCAUUGCAUAUUUACUUGGCGCUUUUGGGCAUGCCACAUCACCCAAUGGCACAAAAAAGACCCAGUAG